GGACUCAAAUUUAGUUGUCUUUCACGGGCACGGCAAAUGGCGAUUGACACGGUAGUCUGACGUGAGAUGAUCUGACGUAUGCGUGGGUCAAACUGGAAAUGAACUACUUCAAAGAAUGGCAGUCAACAGCCAACAAACCCAAACUGAGAGUUUACGAAAGUCAAUACAAUAAUGAAGUUUCUGGGAUUACUCGUCGUCAGCCUUUGUUUGGCAGCCACUGCCCUUGGUCAGAGUGCUUUUUCGACGAAUUCUCUAUCGCAGACUGUGCAGAAUGCUCUUGGAGCAAAUAGUAUCGGGCAAAAUACUUUGGCUGCUUCAAGUAACGCAGUCAACAACGCAGUCAACAGCGUAGUCGGCAAUACCAACUCUGCGGCGUCAUGGAACAUACCAGCAAACUCUCAAUUCAACACCGUCAACGGCAAUGGAAUAUUUCAGAGCCCACCACAGUCUAUACAAACAGGCAACAUGUUCGAAAAUAGCAUCGGCGGCUCCGGAAUGCAAAAUCAAGUUUUGUUUAAUUCCGCUAGCAGCCCCCAAGGGAUCCCUGUUAACACCAUGUCUAUGCCAAACCAACAAGUACCUAACUUUAACGCUCAAUUCCCAAUGGGUGGUGAAGUUUACUUAAACGGUGGUCAUGCCGGUGCCCAAACCUUUAACAGCAUACCGACCUUUACCAGUGCCCAAGCCUUUAACAGCCAGCCGCUCUUUCAAAAUGCCCCGGUCUUUAACGGUGUCCAAGCCUUUAACAGUCAGCCGCUCUUUCAAAAUGUCCCGACCUUUACCGGUGGCCAAGCCUUUAACAGCAUCCCAUUUCCGGUUACCGGUGGCCAAGCCUUUAACAACAUGCCGUUUCCCGGUGGCCAAACCUUCUCGACCUUUACCGGUGGUCCGGAAUAUAACAACGUCCCUUAUUCACCAGCGUUUUUAAACUCUGCACCACCAUUGUAUGACGCCAUUCCAGCAGCCAAUGCCUUCCCUUCGCCAGUAUACGACCAAAUGCAAUAUGCUGGAUUUAAUGCCGGAAUCAUGGACAACUUUUCUGGCGCGUACAAUAGCAUGUUAUCGACAGCACCUCAGGGCCUUGCAACCGGCCAACAAGUAUACUGCGUUCCUUACCCAAAUGGAGGUCUUACACAAACCCAAGGCAAGAAGUAAACCAUUGAAAACACCUAAAUGGCAAAUACCUGGUGGAUUGACCUGCGAACCCACUCCGGACCCCGAGAUUCCCUCCUUACUUUUAUCAUUCUCUCGUUGUUGAGUGUCGUGUCAGUUUGUUCAUAAAUCUUUUCUCGUCUUAA